AUGGCAAAACAAGUAGUUGAUUCAAAGUAUGCUUGGCUGGGACUUUAUUUUAUCCUCAACCUCUCCCUGACUCUGUACAACAAGGCGAUCCUUAUCGACUUCAGAUAUCCUUGGACACUGACAGCAAUACACACAUUAUGUGGAACUGCCGGUUGCUACUUGAUGUACUUGGCCGGUUACUUUACACCAGCAAAACUCGGCAACCAAGAAAACUUGGUCAUGAUCAUGUUCUCAUUUCUCUACACAAUCAACAUCGCCAUCAGCAACGUAUCCCUGAGCCUUGUGUCAGUGGCUUUUCACCAAGUCGUACGUGCCAUGACUCCAGUCUUUACUGUCAUGAUAUCGAUCGUAUUUCUUAACAAGUCAUAUUCUAGUAUGAUAUAUCUAUCUCUUUUGCCCGUUGUUCUUGGAGUGGGAUUUGCCACAUUUGGUGAAUAUGAUUACACCAUGAUCGGCUUUCUUCUCACAAUUCUUGGCACCUUGCUUGCCGCAAUCAAGACGAUCGUUACCAACCGUGUACAGGCUGGUCGCCUCAAGCUACACCCCUUGGAUCUACUUUCCCGCAUGUCUCCAAUGGCAUUCUUCCAGUGUCUAUUCUAUUCAUAUGCCACCGGUGAACUCGAAACCGUCAGAGAAUUCUCGUCUUAUAACAUGACCACAAAUCUGGCCUGGGGUUUAUUUUUCAAUGGCGUUCUUGCCUUUGGUUUAAACUUUGUGAGCUUUACUGCCAACAAGAAGGCUGGUCCAUUAACCAUGACAGUAGCAGCCAAUGUCAAACAAGUGCUGUCCAUCAUCUUGGCUGUCAUCAUUUUUAAACUCAACAUUAAUGUCACUAAUGCCUUUGGUAUCAUCCUCACGCUUGUUGGUGGUGCGUGGUAUGGUAAGGUUGAGGCAGCAGAGAAGCAAAAGGUCCCUACUCUUCCGACUAUCAUGGAGACUCCCGAAGAGCAAGAGACCUUUUUGAGUGAAGUGGUUCCAACAGAGAAGCACAUUCCCCUUGGAGAUCUCAAAUAAAUAGAUGAAUAUAUAAAUCAAAAAGCACAAUAUUUUUUGUGUGUGUGUCUGUAUCUAUAUCUAUAUUUUUUCUUUCUUUAUUAAACAAACACUAUCUUUGAAGAUCACUAGUACAUUUGUACAUUUGUAUGUUUGUAAGG